ACACCUGCUAAUUAUGGUUUCGUAGGUUCGGUUCCAUUCAUGGCACCUGAACUUAUUCAAGGUUCAGAUUAUAACGAUAGAGCCGAUAUCUGGUCAUUUGGAAUCACAGCACUAGAACUAGCCAAUGGAAAAGCACCUCACUCACUCUUUCCUCCUUCAGAUGUAUUAUUAAAAACAGUAGAAGAUCCAUCUCCAACCUUAAACCGAAAGCCAAUUGGAAUGGAUUACAAAUAUUCGAAAACUUUUGCAAGUUUUAUCGAUAGAUGUUUACAAAAAUCACCU